GUUUCUUAUCCAAUUGCUCCAGUAGUUGGAGGUUUAUUAAGGAUCUCUCUCUCUCUCUCUCUCUCUCUCUCUCUCUCUCUCUCUCUCUCUCUCUCUCUCUCUCUCUCUCUCUCUCAGUUUUCCUUGGAAUAAUGUUUAUGUGGCUCCAUUACACAGCUUAGUAGAGCCAACAGGAUCUGAUUCUUUCCAUGUCUCUUCUCCCCGGUGGCCCCUUCUCCCAACAUUUCAGUAGCUAGAACAAUCUGAGACAGUCUUCCUCUCUCUUCUCCUACUGGAAAACCUUCGCCACACUAAUUUUUGAGGGAUUUUAACAGGCAGUCCUUUAUCUGUCUCUUGUUACUGCUGCCCUUGUUGUGCCCCAGUGCCUGAGAAAUACAUCAGAGCAUCUACUUAAAGUUUUGGCUGAAAAAAGCUAUCAAGUGGCAAGUAUGGGGCACCCCGCUUCACUCCGUUGUCGAUUCAAAACCCAUAGUUCUCAUCUUAAAGGAAAUGAGAAAUAGUUUAUUCUGGAGGUAUUUUGAGUGACCAUGAUCCGGGAACCCAGAUUUAGGUUAUCCCAAAUCCCAUGCUCCAACAUGAAAGCAGUUUCAUGGAGUUCUACAGAACAGCAAAAUUCACAAAUCAAGGCAAGUUUAAAAUACAAUCAGAGAGUAGAAAGAUGGAAGAGGCUUUCCUAUAGACUCACGAUGUUAUCUGAUGGCAUCUUUAGCUUUUGGGUUGGUAGAAAAUAGGAAUCUGCUAAGUUAAUAGAUUCCACAAGGUUUUUAUCCCUUAAAUCACCAGUGUUAAUUCCGAUACGGAAGUGGGUAAGGAAGGUUCCAGAGGGCUAGAACUAGUUUAAGGUAAGGUAAGUCUCUGACCCUGCAACAUUCCAAUCUCUCCACAGUACUGAAAUUCUAGUCAAUCUCUGCAGACAUGGCCUCUUUCACUACCAUUGAAUUCCAGUGCUAGACAGCAAGAGAUAUUUUUCACUUUCUAAGCGGAAAGAUUCUUGUUUAUAGCGGUGAAAUAUAUGGUCAUGAGUCAGUCUGCUCGUGGCAGCGGAGAGACCGAAAAGUCCUCAGGUGUACAAUCACAAUCAUCGUCGCACGCCUCACUUCUGGUCGGUCUGGAUUCAACCUCUCUCUACGUUAGCCUUGGCUGUUCGCUCACAAGUUUGGCCCUCAUCUGCCGCCGUAGUGCGGCGCCUUGGUUGCCCUGGGAAACGACCUGCGACCUGAGAGUGAGCGAAGCUGUUUCCCGCCGGCGGGAGCUACGGCUGGGGCGGUCUGAGCAAAGGAUUCGAAGCUGCACCACCAUGGCGGAACAGCUGUAUCUAGAAAACAUAGACGAGUUCGUCACGGACCAAAACAAGAUCGUGACUUACAAAUGGCUAAGCUAUACACUGGGAGUUCAUGUUAACCAGGCCAAACAGAUGCUCUAUGAAUAUGUUGAAAGGAAACGGAAGGAAAAUUCGGGAGCUCAGCUGCAUGUUACCUACUUGGUGUCUGGCAGUCUUAUACAGAAUGGACAUUCUUGCCACAAGGUUGCAGUAGUGAGAGAAGAUAGACUGGAAGCAGUGAAGUCCAAGUUAGCUGUGACUGCCAGCAUCCAUGUGUACAGCAUCCAGAAAGCUAUGCUAAAGGACAGUGGGCCUCUGUUCAAUACCGACUAUGACAUCCUUAAAAGCAAUUUGCAGAACUGCAGCAAGUUUAGUGCCAUACAGUGUGCAGCUGCUGUCCCCAGAGCUCCUGCAGAAUCCUCAUCCUCCAGAAAGUUUGAGCAAUCAAAUCUUCAGGCAGCAAGUGAGACACAAGCCAGUGAGCUGACUACCAAUGGCCAUGGUCCACCUGCCUCCAAACAGGCUUCCCAGCAGCCCAAAGGAAUUAUGGGAAUGUUAAUCUCUAAAGCUGCUACUAAAACCCAAGACACCAACAAGGACACCAAAACAGAAGCCCGAGAAGUAACAAGUGCAUCUUCCGCUGGGGGCAAAGCACCAGGAAAAGGGAAUGUGAUGAGCAACUUUUUUGGAAAAGCCGCCAUGAGUAAACUUAAAGUCAAUUUGGAUUCAGAACAAGCAGUAAAGGAAGAAAAAACAGUGGAGCAACCUCCAGUGUCUGUCGCUGAACCAAAGCUGGCAGCUCCCCCAGCUCUGAAGAAAUCCAGCAGAAAGUCAGAGCCUGUGAAGAUGCAGCAGAAGGAAAAAAAGUGCAGGGGCAAGCGAGUAGACUUAUCUGAUGAGGAAGCAAAGGAAACCGAAAACCUGAAGAAAAAGAGGAGAAGGAUCAAGCUUCCUCAGUCCGAUAGCAGUGAAGAUGAAGUGACUGAGAAAGUCUAUGAGAGUGAGUCCUGCACAGACAGUGAGGAGGAGACGAAGAUGAAGAUGGCCUCAGCACAAAGACCCCCUGCUGCCACUGUGAAACGGGAGCCCAGAGAAGAACGGAAGGGUCCCAAGAAAGGGGCUGCUGCUCUGGGCAAAGCCAACAGACAAGUUUCCAUUACUGGCUUCUUCCAGAAAAAGUAAAUGCUGUCUCUGGAAGGACUUGGGGUGGUCAAGGGAGAAGACCAAGAAGUAUAGAUUGUCACUUACUGUGUAAGUUUGCCUGGCUCCUUGCCUCGCCUGGACCAAAUGCUGCUCUGCCAUCGUGGACACUUGUACCACUUCUGUUUUAGUCUCCUGCAAGCAAGAGGCAAAAUAAUAUUUUAAAAGCUGUUACAUUGUAAUAAGUUUAUAAAGCACAAUCAUUGACCUGCCUAGGAGAAUUCAUUCAAGAAUUACCUGCUGGGCCCUACUUGCCCUGUGCCAUAUUCCUCUUCUGGUCCUCUCUAUUCUGUGAACUUGUGACUGUUUUUAUUUUAUGAAUUCUACUGGAUGUGUUCACUUUUCUCUUCCUACUACCAUACUUCUGUCCCCUGACCCAACAAAACUGUUUCCUGUAAAUCUUUUUAAGUCUUGGUCAGAUGAGGAGCUAAAAUUUUAUAAUUCCCUAUCUCCAUUGAUGCAGGAAGUGACGCUUGGCUCCAGGCUUGGCCAGUGUGUAUUGUCCAGUCCUUUCAUCAUGGAAGCUCCCUCACACUUCCCUCACACUCACUGGUUAGGGAAGAGCACAGACAGAGAUGUGCUAACGUACCCAGCGUCACCAGAAAUGGCCUAAAGUCACAUGGUGGGCAAUGCCAGAGCUGUCACGUUGUCAACACAGGAUACACGGUGCUUAUGUGUGGUCUAUUCUUCUAGAUACCCUAGAGAUGGGACCUGUAUUGAUGAAAGGUUAAAAGAAGAAAUGGUGAGCACCAGAUAAUUUCUCCCUCCCAAGGAAAUACAGAGUCCAGAAAUGUCAGUUUCCCCUUCUGGGAAGGAAGGGAGAACGUAGGCCCACCUUUCUACACAGGUGUUGCUCCUUGGUUUGCUAGGUUCUUCAUUUGCCCAGCAGUACAGGCUCCCCAGGAAAAGGAGAGGGUGGGGAUGACUGGUUAUAGAUAGAAACAGCAAUUAAACAUUUGCUUUUGUACUUUUGUCCUAAUAAUAACUUUCAGUCACCUUCCAUUAUGGCCGGGCAGGAGGUGAGCCCUGUUCACGUUGUGUGGCAAUGGCUUUGCACACUGAACUGUAGGGAAGAGAACACAAACAUGACUGCUGUUGUGAUUCACCCACGGGAGAUGAGGGGUGUCUGACCCGACCCUUCCGCCGAAGCCUGGCUUGUGUCAUAAGAGGUGUAAGCAGUUCCUACUGUUGAAGGUUGGGGUUGGGACUGACCUUGGGAUUUACUCGGCUGCUUUAGCAAGCAUGGGCUGGAUGGAGACCAGCCACUCUGGAUAUGCGUCCUGGUCUAACGUGAGAACUGGAGGCAGAUGUUUUGUCCAUCUGAGUAAAGGUUGGUGUGCUCCAAAGCCUUUUAUUUUUCUUUUCUGAGUGGAAGAGUGGAAUGCCUGGACUUACGCUUACAAGAAACUCGGGGGAAGAAUCCCCUAUUUUAAGUGGUUAUUUUUGUCAUUGCUUCUAGUUAUCUUUCUAAAUGGGAAUGGAAAAGUUACAAGGCAACCAUCCAGUCUUUAAAAAUCUGAUUAUGGUGGGAUUUCUAAUAAAACCAAACUUGAAUUGGUGCAA